AUGGAUGUGCCUUCGGACUCGCCACAAUGGACAAAGGUACCCCCUGGCGAGAACGAUUUGAGGGUCCAUGUGUACCCUCUCGCCAGCAAAGAUGGCAUUCUCAUCAAAGUCAAGCCUCCACGCGUGCCAAAGACAAACGAGCCUACCCCGACCGAUCUCGUACUCGUCAUUGACGUGUCUCCUAGCAUGCAGACCGAGAUGGUAGUCCCUACAGAGGACGAGAACCAGGUCAGGGAGCGGUUCGGAUUUACGGUGCUGGACCUCGUAGGUCACGCCUGCCUGACUAUUCUCGAGACUCUGACGGAGCGCGACAGGCUCGGCAUUGUGAUGUUCAAAGGGAGAGCUACGGUCUUGCAGGGCCUCACCCUCCAGGACCCGCAGGCCAAGGAGCGAAGCGCAAAGUACCUUGGAGAUUUGCGGCGUCUAAGCGAAAAGUGGCACUGCAACAUGUUGGGCGAGCGCGACGUGAUGGAUGGCCUUCAGGUUGGUCUGCAGCUGUUCAACGAGGUCCGAGACCAUAGCCUCCCGUAUCGCGUCCCAGCGGUGAUGCUGGUGACCGACUCUCACCUGGACAGCACCGAAUACACCAAGCCUGUGGCGUCACUCAAGGAAACGAAUCCCGAGAAGGCGCAGAUCCAUACCUUUGGCUUUGGUUACAACUCUGAGGCCGGCGUGUUCAAGGCCUUCUCGGAGAUUUCGGGUGGACGCUACACGUUUAUACCGGAUUCGAGCAUGAUUGGCACCGCCUUUGUCCAUGCCAUGGCCAACAUCCGGAACACGGCGGCUUUCCGGGUUUGCCUCAACAUCAAGGGGGAAGACCUCAAGCUGGUGAGCCCCUUUGUCGCCACCCUUCGUGAGGAGGAGACCACCUCGUCCAUCCCCGAGCCGGAUACCAGGAACAUCUACCGCAUCCAACUCACUCUGGGAAGUAUUCACUUUGGCCAAUCCAGGGAUGUAUACCUGGCAUACGAGCGUCCCCCACCCGAGGACUGCGUCAUCCAGGCCGAGCUUGUCGCAUUCGAUGCGGAGGGCUACUUUCAGACCGUGGAGGACUGCAGGGCCGACGACUAUUCCCACCUUUCUCCCGCCGAGGUGGCCUACCACGUAUCCCGCGCCCAGCUCUGCCGGUUCCUCUCGUCGCUGUUUCCGCUCGAUACUUCCUUUGACGGCCUCGGAGGGUUCCUCCCCAAACUCGAAAUGGCCGACGGCAGGCUCGCGGAGCUCAAGAGGACAAUCCCCGCGCGCCGCUUCCCAGACGACGACGACUGCGCCUCGCUCAUGACCGACCUCGAGGGCGCACCACCGCGCGGACAGAUCUCGCUGGCGCUCAGCCGCCGCGACUACCGGGACCGCUGGGGAGGCCACUACCUCCUCGGCCUGCUGGACGCGCACACCGGGCAGGUCAGCACCUCGCACAAGGACGAGGGCCCUCUGCGGUACGGCCGCGACAGCCCCAUCCUGAAGCGCUGCCGCGACGCGCUCAACGCGGCCUUUGACCACAUCGAGCCGCCGCGGCCGAGCAUCGACGUCAUCUGCACCCCCGCGCCGCCGCCCUACAGGUUCCCGAGCGUCACGCUCAGCUCCGCGCGGAGCAUCGCCGACAAGAGGGCCGCGGGUGAGCCCGUCGACGCGUGCGCGACCGUCGGCUCCCGGUUCAACCAGGGCUCGAACCCGUGCUUUGCCGGCACGACCAUGGUCAGGCUGGCCGGCGACGGCGGCGUCGUGCCCAUCUCGUGGCUGCGGGCCGGCAUCAGCGUCGCCACCCCCGCGGGGCCGCGCGCCGUCCGCACCGUGCUCAGAACGCGCGUCCGCAGCCAGCCCAUGGUGCGUCUGCCGGGCGGCGUGGUCGUCACGCCCUGGCACCCGGUCAAGAUGGGCGGCGACGGCGCCGAGUGGAUGUUUCCGGCCGCUGCUGCUGCUGCUUCUGGCCGGGACGACGGCAGCGUCAGCACCAUCACCUACAGCGGCUUCAUAUACUCGCUCCUCCUCGAAGCCGAAGCCCUGCCGGACGGCACCAAGCAAGACCCCGUUUCCGCAGCCGAGCAGCACGCCUUUUGCGUCGGCUCGGGCGGCGUCUGGGCUGUGGCGAUGGGCCACGGCCUCGUCGAUGGGAGCGACGUGCGUGCGCACGCCUUUUAUGGCGACCGGAACGCGUGCCUCGGCGCCCUGGCGACGCUGCCUGCGCCCAAGAACGGCGUGGCUACCUCGGCGGGCGUGCUCCGGGAUGCGACGGGCAGGGUUAUUGGUUUCCGCGUGCCUGAUGGCGGUGGUGAGGUGCGGGUGGGAACGGCGGCGCAGGGUUUCGACGUUGUGGUGCGAAGGAGCACGGUUUGA